GACUGACUGACCGAUUGACCGGACCAGUUGCCUCUUGGUCUCCAAUUUCAAGAUCAAUGUCCCUUUAGUCGCCAUCAUUUCUGGAGCUUUCAUUGAGAAUGUAACUCGACCUGGUCCCUGGAGGAAAGGUCACUGCUGAUUCUACGCUUCGUAUUGUCCCGUCCACAGUAUCUGAUCUCUAUCCAAUACAACCAUGCCUGCAAAAGCUCCCAUCUACCUUAAACCAGCCCCCAACAAGAAAGGCAAGAAAUGCAGACUUCGAGAUAUCUUGUCACCUGAUAUGAUUAGCCCUCCACUCGGGGAUUUCCGCCACACCAUCCACAUCGGAAGAGGAGGAGAGAGGGACACUUUCGGAGACAUAUCUUUUCUCCAAGGGAACUACGAGCUGCUACCUGGGAAAGAAAUCCAGUAUGGCGUCCAAGGCGAAUACACAAGAGCGAACAGCACCGGCGACGCUUCGUACGUCGAGACCCCAUCGCCGGUUCUGAAAAACGCCAUUUCGCUGCCGACGAUCGGUGGUUGCCAAGCGCUGUCUCUACCGAUGAUGUCUUCGCACGUGUACUCGAUGCCGCCAGAGCCUUUGGAGGACAUCUUGGGUCCUCAGAUGAAGCCAGAUCACGUGGACCAAGUUGAGAUCCUCCAGAUGGACGCGCUCUUGAGAUCCAUGGAGGUCUUCGGGAGCGAGCCUUCGUCGCCCAACACAGAGAUGCUAUCGAAGCCAGACGUUUUGCUGGAUCUGCUGGAGAAAAAGCACAAAUCGAAAUCCAAGGCGAAGGCAACGAAGUCGAACCGAAGCGAAAACAUUAAAGAUGAUUACAAACCAAAAAUCUUCAACGAAAACGGGAACUGCAACGGGUUCGGACCCUUUGGGAAUGACUUUGGCUUCAAGGAGGAGCUUCCGAAGUGUAACGGAGACUGGGUGGACAGAGACAGCGGGGUGGACGAGGGUCGCAUGUGUGAUUUUGAGUUCGAGUUCGCCAAAGAAAAAAGCUCCUCACAGGAUUCGCUCAGUCAGAUCACGGGUUCGCUCCUGUCCCUGGAACUGGAUUUGGGGCCCUCCAUUUUGGAUGAUGUGUUAAAUAUUAUGGACAAGCCGACAGCAGUGAAGAGCAGGCCUUAAACUGCGGAUGGGUCCCGGGAGGAGAAAGGGAAACUGCAAAAGAACAAGGACAGAAAGACUGAAGCAAUCAAAACGGAGUCUGGAUUUAUCAUUGGACUAC